AUGUCUCCUCACUGCGACUCGCCGACCAACGGCUCCGAUGCCGGCAGCGGCUUUUCUUCCUACAAUGGUAACGGCAAUGGCUACGCCAACGGCAACGGAGCCGCCUACCAGAACGGCAACGGUGUGAAUGGCCACCAGAACGGUGCCUCCCGCAUCCAAAAGUCCCAGUACCUCCAGCCCACCGACCACAGCGAUAUCCACGACCUCAUCUGCGUUGGCUUCGGCCCCGCCAGUUUGUCUGUUGCCGUCUCCAUGCACGACUUCCAGGAGGCCGGCCGCCAGCUCAGUCCCGGCUCAGCUGCCGCCAAGGUGCUCUUCCUCGAGAAGCAGCCGGCCUUCGCAUGGCACCCGGGCAUGCUUCUUUCCGGCGCCCGCAUGCAAAUCUCCUUCAUCAAGGACAUGGCCUCCCUGCGCAACCCUCGUUCUCAGUUCACCUUCCUCAACUACCUCCACAGCAACGACCGCCUAGUUGAGUUCACCAACCUGGACACUUUCCUGCCCGCCCGCGCCGAGUACGAGGACUACCUGCGCUGGUGUGCUCGCCAUUUUGACGAUGUUGUUGAGUACGGCCGUGAGGUUGUCUCCGUCUCCCCCGACCCUCAGACUGCUGGCAGCAUCAAGACCUGGACCGUCAAGUCCCGCAACAUCAAGACCGGCCAGGUCAGCUCCUACCAGACCCGCAACGUCCUGAUCGCCAACGGCGGCCAGCCGCGCAUCCCCAAGGUCAUGCCCGCCAACCACCCGAAGAUCAUCCACUCCUCCCAGUACGCCCAGCUCGUGCCGCAGCUUCUCAAGGACAACUCGAGACCCUACAGAGUCGCCGUCAUCGGUGCCGGCCAGUCUGCUGCCGAGAUCUUCCGCGACGUCCAGCGCGCGUACCCUAACGCCAAGACGUGGAUGGUGAUGCGCUCCGAGUUCCUCAAGCCCGCUGACGACUCGCCGUUUGUCAACUCCAUUUUCAACCCCUCUUACGUCGACGAGCUGUACCCCAAGUCUCAAAGCUACCGCCGCUCUCUCAUCAAGGAGGCCAAGGCGACCAAUUACGGCGUCGUGAGACUCCAGCUCAUCGAGGCCCUGUACGAGAUGCUUUACCACCAGAAGCGCACCCUCGGCUACGACGAGCGCAAGUGGCCCCACCGUAUGCUCUUCGGCCGUGACAUCACUCAGGUCACCGAGAGCAAGGAGACCGACCGCCUGCAGAUCCACGUCCGCCGCCUCGAGGACGCCGCCGGCGACAGCCUUGAGGAUGGCUUCGUCAACCAGCUGCCCGGUGACGAGGUCCUCGACGUCGAUCUGAUUGUUGCGGCGACUGGAUACCAGCGCAACGCCCACAUCGACAUGCUCCGCGACAGCUGGAACCUGCUUCCUGAGAUCACCCCCGCCGGCAAUGCCAGCGAGCGCGAGCUUGUUGAUGGAUGGGAAAUUGCCGGCCCUGACGCGACCUCGGGAUCGAGGAAGCUUGAGGUUGGACGCGACUACCGUGUGCGAUAUGCCCCUGGCGCUGUGGCGCCUGAUGCUGGUGUUUUCUUGCAGGGAUGCUGCGAAGCGACCCACGGACUGAGUGAUACCCUGUUGUCAAUUCUCGCCGUGAGAUCGGCCGAGGUUGUCGACUCCAUCUUCCCCUCUGCUCCGAGGGCCAAGACCGUUUCCAACUAG